UUGGUGUGUUGCUUAUUCUUUCCCCCUUUCUGCUUAACUGCUUUUCUAGGUGUGAUGCCUGAUCGUCAGUUUGGUGGAACCCAGUUUGUGUGCAGUGUGGUGGCUUCUCAUGUCAGCCACCAGCCCUCCACCAGCUUCAGUUUUGUCUGGAUUGCACCACCUCCUGGCACUGGCUGUGUCAAUUUUCUAGCCACAGCAACACACCGAGGACAGAUCAUUUUCAAGGAUGCGUUGGCCCAGCAGCUCUGUGAGCAAGGAGCUCCAACUGAAUCCCCUUUAAGGCCUAAUCUUGUGGAGCUUCACGGAAAGCAUGCUGUUCUUCGGGAUGACUUCGACUCCAACCUCCAAGGAGAGUUAGACCCCAGCAUUUGGUCGGAGUGCAGCAACUGUGAGGUCGGAGAGCAGUGUGGUGUGCUCAUGCAUGGCAGUGCGGUCACGUUCUGUGAGCCCUUUGGAGAACGAGAGCUGAUCACUGUCCCUCUCAACACCAGUACAGCCUCUGUCCUGCAGUUUGCAUUGGGCUCAGGUUCCUGCCGGUUCAGUUACUCAGACCCCAGCAUCGCAGUGUCUUACAGUCUAAGUGGUAACGUCAACACCUCAGAUGAUUGGAUCACACUGGAGAAGAUCAGAGCUCCUACCAACAGCAGUACUGUGGUCCACCUGCUCCCCCUGCCACAUUCCUCCAGAGCUGAGGCUGUUCGCCUGCGCUGGUCUCAGGAGACUCCUCAUGGCCCUGAAGGCUAUGAGUCCUGCUGGGGGCUGGACAACGUGCUCCUGAUUAAUUCUGCUCACAGAGUCCCCCUGAUGGAGGAUAACCUGGAUCCCCCAGACACUGCUAACUGGCUCUUCUUCCCCGGAGCAACUGUCAAGCAUUCCUGUCAGUCUGAGGGCAAUGCCCUGUAUUUCCAUGGUGGUGAGGGUACCGGCCACAGCUUCGCUUCCACCAGAGAUAUUGAUCUGCAUCGCGAGGAGGGAAGGAGCUACUGGGAGGAAGACUUUGAGAGCCCACCCUUGAACUGGGACAUAGAUGGAGCUGUCUACGGGACUAAGUGUGGAGAAAUCGAGUCGGGAGCAGCACUAGUGUUUGAGAAGGAAGGUCGAAGGAGAGUGUGCACCCCAUACCUUGACACUACAUCGUAUGGAAACCUCCGCUUCCACUUCACUAUGGGUGGUGGUGACUGUGAUCCAGGAGAGUCACAUGAGAAUGAUGUGAUUCUGUUUGGGAGGUCAGAGGGCAGGAGGGACCGUGUGGUGCUCGACACUCUUCCAUACUCUUCUUACAGGACUCCUGCAGUGGUAUCGGUGGCGCUGCCAUCCGAGCUACAAUCACCAGUCACUCAGUUUUGCCUGGAGCAGCGGUCACAUGGUGGAGCUCACCGUCAUGUGUGGGCUGUGGAUUUUAUGCAGCUGCUCCCUGGGCUGCCUGGCACCCACACACAUGUGGCUCAGUUCUCCAUUAACCUUGGCUGUGGCUCGUACCAGCCUGCCAACAGCGUGAGCCUGGAAUUUUCAACCAACCUUGGUCGUUCCUGGUCUCUUCUUCACACAGAGUGCCUGCCUGAGCUCUGUGCAGGACCCCAUCUACCUCACAGCACUAUUUAUUCUUCUGACAACUACAGCGGGUGGACCAGAAUCUCUAUUCCUCUGCCCAAUGCUGCCCUUACAGAGACUACCCGGUUUCGCUGGAAGCAGUCUGGCCCCGGAGAAGGCAACAUGUGGGCCAUAGACAAUGUGUAUAUUGGACCGGCUUGCCUUCGUUUCUGCUCUGGAAGGGGACACUGUUCCCGCACAGGCUGCAAAUGUGACCCAGGCUUCAGCGGCCCAGCAUGUGAACUUGCGUCCCAGACGUUUCCAGCUUUCCUGUCUGAGGGGUUUUCCAGCCCACGGCUCUCUUCAUACCACAGCUUCUCAUCACUCCGUGGGGCUGAAGUCAGCUUUGGCUGCGGUGUGCUUGCGAGCGGCAAGGCUCUAGUUUUCAACAGAGACAGCAGGAGACACUUGGUCACUGCUCCUCUAGACAGCUCCCAGGCCAGGUACUUACAGUUCACUCUUCGGCUGGGUAGCCGUAGCAUCCUGAGCUCAUGUCCUGCUCCCGACCAGCCAGGAGAGGGAGUUCUGCUACAUUACUCCUCGGACAAUGGCAUAACCUGGACCUUGCUGCGCCACUACGCAUACCAAGGUUUUCAUGAGCCAAGGAUUGUGUCGGUGGAGCUCCCAGCGGGAGCUCGCAAGUUUGGAGUGCAGUUCCGCUGGUGGCAGCCUUACCAUUCAGGGCGUGGUCAUGAUGUUUGGGCCCUGGAUGAAAUCAGCAUGACUUCUGUGCUUUUCAACACCAUUAGUCUGGACUUCAGCAAUGUCCUGGAUGUCACCCAAAGUCUGGGUUUUUAUCUGGGCCAUGUUCAGCCCUACUGCCAGCAUGAUUGGACGCUGAGUUUCUCUGGUGAGCCCAGCCCCGGCUCCAGUAUCCGUUAUGUGGAAACUCAGUCAAUGCAAAUCGGAGCAUCCUACAGUUUGCAGUUCUCGCUGGUUAUGGGUUGUGGCCGCGAGCCCUCCCCUCACAUUGAUACUCAGGUCCGUCUGGAGUUCUCCACAAAUCACGGUCUGACCUGGCACCUAGUGAAAGAGGCCUGUCUACCUGGCAUGCCAAGCUGCUCUGAGUUCACAGCGCCCAGUGUCUACCACCCAUCAGAAUUUAAAGACUGGAGACGCAUCACACUGUCUUUGCCGCAGAAGACAUGGUCCAGUGCAACACGAUUUCGAUGGAUUCAGAACUAUUAUGGAGAACAAGAUGAAUGGGCUCUGGAUGACAUCUACAUAGGCCAGCAGUGCCCCAACAUGUGCCAUGGACAUGGCUGGUGUGAUCACGGUCACUGCAGGUGUGAUGAUGGUUUCUCUGGUACUGACUGCCAGCCAUCCUCCCCUCUCUCGUCAAGUGUUCUCUCUGACUUUGAGUCCCAGGACGCCCUGCUGGCCACAUGGCAGGAAGUGAUUGGUGGAGAGGUUGUCACACCUGACAUGGGCUGUGGGGUGGUGUCAUCUGGAUCAUCUCUGUACUUCAGCAAGGCUGGGCUGAGGCAACUGGUGAGCUGGGACCUUGACACCGAAUGGGCUGAGUUUGUGCAGUUCUACCUGCGAAUAGGUGGCGACUGGGCAGAGUGCAACCAAGCAGACAGCAGGGAGGAGGGAGUUCUGCUCCAGUACAGUAAUGAUGGAGGGAUUAGCUGGGGCCUCAUCGCGGAGAUGUACUUCACAGACUUCACCAAGCCUCGCUUUGUCCAUUAUGAGCUUCCCUUGGCCUCUAAAACACCCUCCACAAGAUUUCGUUGGUGGCAGCCUCUUCACUCUGGGGAAGGGUAUGACCAGUGGGCCAUUGAUGAUGUCAUCAUUUUGUCAGAGAGGGAGAAACACAUUAUUCCUAUGGCCAAUCCUACCCUCCCACAGAAUUUUUACGAGAAGCCAGCAUUUGACUACCCUCUGAACCAGAUGAGUGUUUGGCUGAUGCUGGGAAAUGAAGGCAUGGAAAGAGAAAACAACAACAGCUUCUGUGCACCAACUCCCUCUGCGAUGGUAUUUGGGCGCUCUGAUGGGGACAGGGUAGCUGUCACCAGGGACCUGGCACUUCGUCCAGGAUACACCCUUCAGUUUAAACUGAACAUCGGCUGUGAAUCAGAGUUCAGUACGUCGGCCCCGGUCCUGCUGCAGUACUCGCAUGAUGCUGGUCGCACCUGGGCCCUGGUCGGAGAGGGCUGUUACCCAGGAACCCCGGGGGCAGGAGUCUGUGAAGGCAGCGGCCGUGAGCUUAGAGAACCUACUGUCUACAACACUGGGGACUAUGAACAGUGGACCAGGGUUACUGUUGUCAUACCUCGUCACGUUGCUGCCAGUAAAACCAGGUUCCGUUGGUUCCAGGAGAGUAGUGUGUACCGAGAUGCUCCACCUUUCGCUUUAGAUGGUGUCUACAUUUCAGAGCCCUGUCCAAACCACUGUGGGGGGCAUGGCGAUUGCAUAUCUGGAGUCUGCUUCUGUGAUAUGGGAUACACAGUGGAGCAAGAUAGUUGUGUCCCAUCUGUAGCCUGUCCUACAGAGCUGACUGAGGGAUUUGAGGGGAAGCUGACUCCACUCUGGCAGAGCAUCAGCGGGGGACAAAUUGGAGGUGGUUGUGGCAUUAUUGGGGAGGGCAAAGCACUUUACUUCAGUAGCCCUGGGCGGCGAGAGGCACAAACAAUGCCUCUAGAUACCACAAACACAAGGUUGGUUCAAUUCUACAUUCGAAUCGGCAGCAAGAGUUUGGGACCCACCUGCACCAGGCCACGAUCCCGCAACGAGGGUGUCAUUGUUCAGUUCUCCACCAACAAUGGAGUCCAGUGGCAGUUUUUGAGAGAACUGGACUUCAGUUCCUUCUUAGAACCCCAGGUUGUAACCAUUGAGUUACCACCUGCAGCAAAAACCCCCUACACAGUAUUUUGGUGGUGGCAACCACAGCAAGGGAAACAUUCUGCCCAGUGGGCUCUGGAUGAUGUUCUGAUUGGAAUGAAUGACAGCUCCAGAACAGGUUUCCAUGACAAAUUUGAUGGCUCAACUCCUCUGAGGCAUAACUGGUAUCGCAUUCAGGGUGGGGAAGUGACCGUGGACUGUUUGUCUCUGGACACAGCACUUACCUUCAACUCUGAGGCCAUAGACAAGAAGCCAAGAUAUGCAGAGAGCUGGGACUUUGAAGUGACAGGGUCAUCGUUCCUGCAGUUUGAACUUAGUAUGGGCUGCAGUAAAUCUACUUCCUUCUCCCACGGUGUGCGACUGGAGUACUCCACAGAUUGUGGACGUCACUGGUCUCUCAUCACCCCUGAGUGUGUGCCCCCAGCCAUUGGCUGUGCCGGUUAUACCCAGAGUUCCAUCUACACGUCAACCCAAUACAAACACUGGAGGAGAAUCACUGUCUAUCUCCCCAGUGCUGCUAAUUCUCCCAGAACUCGGUUCCGAUGGAUCCAGACCCACUUCACCCCAGGGGCAGAAGGAUGGGCUCUUGAUAAUGUGCUACUUGCCCCAGGUUGCCCCUGGAUGUGUUCUGGACAUGGUCUGUGUGACAAUGGACGCUGUGUAUGUGAUAAGAAUUAUGGAGGAACACAUUGUGUGCCCUUGGCUCCACUUCCAACUGUACUGAGAGAGAACUUCAAUGAGAACUUGCAGCAGGAGACGUGGCCAGAGGUGUACGGAGCAGAACGGGGGACUUUGAGUGGAGAGCCACUCAAAUCUGGCACUGCUCUUAUUUUCAAAGGAGAUGGUCUGCGAAUGAUAGUGUCCCGAGACCUGGACUGUACAAACACUCUCUACAUUCAGUUCACAUUUAAAUUCAUCACUAAAGGUGUCCCAGAGCGCUCCCACUCAGUGCUGCUGCAGUACUCAGUGAACGGGGGGAUCAGCUGGAUGCUGCUAGAUGAGUUUUACUUCCCAGCUUCCACAGAUACUCUGUUCCUCCACCUGUCACUACCAGCCAGUGCUCAAACAAACGCCACACGUUUUAGACUCUGGCAGCCUUACAACAGUGGUAAAAAGGAAGAAGUAUGGGUGAUAGAUGAUCUCAUCAUUGAUGGCAGCUCCCUACACAACCCACCAGUGGUGAUUGACAGUUUUGAGGAAGGUCCCAAUGAGUCAAACUGGCUCUUCUUUCCUGGUGGAAACACUGGGCUCUACUGUCCCUACCAGAAGGCCGGCCUUGAGGAUGACGAGUCAGCCAUGGUCUUUAUUUCCACUGAGCUCGGAGAGCAUUCCAUAACCACCAGGGACAUUGAUGUAAACGAGAACACCAUCAUCCAGUUUGAGAUAAAUGUGGGCUGUACAGCUGAAAGCUCCUCUGCUCAUCCAGUGCGACUGGAGUUUUCCCGGGACUUUGGUGCCACAUGGCACCUCCUGGUUCCCCUGUGUGCGGGUGGACCUCAGCCCUCCUCCCUUUGCUCCACGGAGCUCCACCCCGCUAGCAUCUAUUUCCCUGGUACCAGCCAGGGCUGGAGGAGGGAGGUCAUUCACUUUGGCAAGCUUCGCCUCUGUGGGUCGAUAAGGUUCCGUUGGUAUCAAGGUUUCUUCUCGGCUGAUUCUUCUCCUCCAACAUGGGCACUGGACAAUAUUUACAUUGGCCCACAGUGUCAGGACAUGUGUAAUGGUCACGGGGCUUGUGUGGGUGGCACUCACUGUGUGUGUGAUCCUGGCUUUUCUGGAUCUGACUGCUCUCUGCCUGACACCCCCAACCCCGACUUCCUCAAGGAGGACUUUGAAGGAGGAGCCGUAGAUGCUGAGCAUUUCAUACUUCUGAGUGGGGGUAAACCAUCCAGGAAAUGUGGCAUCAUGUCAAGCGGGAACCAUUUGUUCUUCAGUGAUGAUGGUUUACGCAUGUUAGUCUCCAGCGACAUGGACCUGUCAAACGCAAGGUUUGUUCAGUUCUUUCUUCGACUCGGCUGUGGGAAAGCUGCUCCAGACCCUCGCUCUCAGCCGGUCCUGCUGCAGUACUCUGUGGAUGGAGGUCUGACCUGGGGACUCCUGCAGGAGUUUCUUUUCAGUAACAGCAGUAAUCAGGCUCGCCUGGUGGCCCUGGAGAUUCCCCUGCGUGCCCGUACCCCAUCUACCCGUCUCCGUUGGUGGCAGCCCUCAGAAAAUGGACAUUUUUUCAGCCCAUGGGUCAUUGAUCAGGUGGUGGUCGGUGGCAGUGCCAGUGGCUGGGGACCAUUAGAAGAUGACUUCUCCUCAAUCGAUGGGCGCUCAUGGCUCCUCCACCCUGGGGGAACCAGAAUGCCAGUUUGUGGUUCUGACGGGCCUGCUUUUGCCUUCAUAGAGAAGUCCAACACGCGCUAUGCUGUCACCACUGACAUCAGCUUGGGCCAAGAUGCAUUUAUCCAGUUUGACUUUUCUGCAUCCUGUUCAGUUACAAACUCUUGUUACUAUGUGGAGUUGGAGUAUUCACUUGAUUUGGGUCUAACCUGGCAUCCUUUGGUCCGAGACUGUCUGCCUACUAGCCCGGAUUGCUCUUCCUACACUCUGCAACGGUUUCUGGUUUCUGACACUUACAACAAGUGGGGUCGAGUGACCUUGGCUAUCCCAUCAUAUGCCAGGUCUCCAGCCACAAGGUUCCGUUGGUUUCAGCAGGCUCCCUUUGACAAGCAGCAGACCUGGGCUCUGGAUAAUCUCUACAUUGGAGACGGCUGUCCAGACAUGUGCUCCGGACACGGCCGCUGCCAGCAGAGCUCCUGUGUGUGUGACCCAGAGUGGGGUGGAGAGUACUGUGACGAGCCUGUGGUCCCCCUGCCCUCCCAGCUGAAGGACAGCUUCAGCCGAGCGCCCUCACUGAGCCACUGGCACCUAGUCACCGGUGGCAAGCUCAGCACUGUGUGUGGAGCUGUGGCCUCUGGAGCCGCUCUGCACUUCAGCGGGGGUUGCAGCCGUCAGCUGGUGACGGUGGAUCUGAAUUUGACCAGUGCAGAGUUCAUUCAGUUCUACUUCAUGUAUGGCUGCAUGAUCUCACCAAGUAACCGCAACCAGGGCGUCCUGCUGGAGUACAGUUUGAAUGGGGGGAUUAACUGGCAUUUACUGACAGAGAUCUUCUAUGAUCUGUACACCAAGCCUGGUUUUGUCAAUGUGUUGCUGCCCCCUGCUGCACGUCAAGAGGGAGUCCGCGUGCGCUGGUGGCAGCCUCAGCACGACGGGGUAGACCAUGGUGACUGGGCCCUGGACAACGUCCUUAUCGCGGGCUCAGAUCCACGGGCACAGAUCUCAGACACAUUUGGAGGGGUGGCACUGCCUAACCAUGAGAGAGCUCCCGCUGAUGAGACUUCAGGAAGGAUAGGUCAAGUAAAUGAGCAGGAAGAAACAACCAUAGUGAGUGAUCAUUGGUUGUUCUCAGAGGACUGCACAGUGCAACGCUUCUGCAGCUCUCCUGAUGGCGUGAUGGUGUGUGGAAAUGCUGAUGGGAGAGAGGUGUAUGCAGUCACUCACGAUAUUGUUCCAGGCAAAGGCUGGGUCAUGCAGUUCAAGAUUGCUGUUGGCUGCAGCGUUCCAGAGCGCCACGCAGACCGGCAGGUUCAUAUUCAGCAUUCGGUAGAUUUUGGAGUCAGCUGGAAGUACCUGGUCCCUCAGUGCCUGCCUGCUGACCCCCGCUGUGGUGGCCAGGUCUCCCAGCCAUCAGUCUUCUUCUCUGCCGACGGCUGGAAGAGGGCAGUCUAUCCUCUGCCGGACAGCCUAGCCGACAGUCCGGUGCGGUUCCGGUUUUACCAGCAGCACUCCGACAUUCAGUGGGGCGUGGAGAACUUUUACAUCGGGCCAGCAUGUGACGGCCACUGUGGGGGGCAUGGCGAUUGUCUGGAUCAGCGCUGCCUCUGUGAUCCAGGUUUUACUGGACCAAACUGCUAUGCAAGCUCUACUCUGAAGGCGUCCCUUAAGGAGCGCUUUGACUGGGAGGGGACAGCAGGCCCCCAGUGGCAGGUGCUUGAGGGUGGGAAGCCCUGCACAGACUGUGGUGUGCUGGUUGAGGGGACAGCCCUGUACUUUGGGGGGGCUGAUGCCCGACAGGCUGUCACUGCUGAUCUGGACCUCCGUGGGGCCAAGUUUGUGGAAUAUUGGGCGAGGAUUGGAAGUGAAGAUAACAUGACCAUGUGUCACCGUCCAACUUGUCGUAAAGAGGGGGUUCUGCUGGAUUAUUCUACAGAUGGAGGUAUUUCCUGGACACUGCUGCAUGAGAUGGACUAUCUGAAGUAUGUAUCGGUGAGGAGGGACUAUAUUGUUCUACCGGAGGGAGCUCUGACCAACGCCACUCGCCUGAGAUGGUGGCAGCCCUUCACUAUUUCUUCUGGCCUUGCCACCCCAAGCCUGGAAAGAGCCCAGUGGGCUAUAGACAACAUCUUGGUGGGAGGAUCAGACAUCAAUCCAUCCACACUGCUGGACACCUUUGAUGAUGAGGGUGUUUCUCAUGAGGAAAGCUGGAGCUUCUACCCUAAUGCUGUACGUACAGCUGGUUUCUGUGGAAAUCCUUCCUUUCACCUGUACUGGCCGAACAAGAAUGAGGAUAGGACACAUAACAUCCUUGCCACUCGAGAGCUUAUAGUGCAGCCUGGAUAUAUUUUACAGUUCAAGAUUGUUGUUGGUUGUGAGGCAGACACAUGCGAAGACCAUCAUUCUGUCCUGCUGCAGUACAGGAAAGAUGCGAGGUCGGACUCAUGGCAGCUGGUACAGUCCGAGUGCCUCCCCUCCUCAGUCAACAAUGUGGGCUGCUCCCCCUUCCAGUUCCAUGAAUCCACAAUCUACAGUCCAGUUAACAGUUCAACAUGGACCAGAGUCACAGUCCAGCUGCCAGACCAGGUGUCCUCAGGGGCAACCCAGUUCCGUUGGAUUCAAAAGGAGGGGCUGGGGGAACGGCAGAGCUGGGCAGUGGACCAUGUUUACAUUGGCGAGGCAUGUCCGGGGCUCUGCAGCGGCCACGGAUACUGCACCACAGGAGUAGUCUGCAUUUGUGAUGAAGGACACCAUGGAGAUGACUGCUCCCUGUCCAACUCUGACUUGCCCAGCUCCAUCAAGGACAACUUUGAGUCUGGUGGCAUGUCUCAGGAGAGCUGGCAGCUGAUCCAGGGUGGUGGGGUGGGCAGUGGCUGUGGACAGCUGUCACCACACGCUCACGGAGACUCACUCUACUUCAACGGCUGUAAAAUGAGACAGGCAAUUACCAAGCCACUGGACCUUACCAGAGCCAGCAAGAUCAUGUUUGUGCUGCAGAUUGGCAGUGUGGCACAAACUGACAGCUGUAACAUAGCGCUGGAUCAGGCCGACACAGUCGACCGGGCUGUCCUUCUGCAAUACAGCGUCAAUAAUGGAGUCAGCUGGCAUGUAAUUGCCCAGCAUCAGCCCAAAGACUUCAUAAAGGCUCAGAGGGUUUCUUACAACAUUCCACUUGAGGCCAGAGUUAAAGGGGUGAUGCUGCGAUGGUGGCAGCCACGACACGAUGGUGCAGAGCAUGACCAGUGGGCUUUGGACCAUGUUGAAGUUGUUCUCACGCGUAAACAAAACUACAUGAUGAACUUUGCCCGACAGACCGCUAUGCGUCACUACUACAGCCGCAAGAGGCGGGCGCUGCCGCAGAGCGCCUGAGCUAAACGAGUAGGCAUCUCUGAGCUGCCAAUCACACAUCCUCCUGCCUCACACACCCUCGUUACCCCCGCCACAUACCCCCCCCGCUGAAAGCCAUCCAUCCGUGGAUUCCAGUCAGCCUUACACGCCCCUCACCCGUCUCUGCCAGGCCCCGGUCAGAAUUGUGGGCCAUCCAUUUAUGCUCCAGCCAAGCUCGGCCUUCCCCAGUACACAGUCCAGUGGGAAUGAAACUCAUAAUAAGGAACGAAGCUGCCAUUUUGUUGACUUUUUUUUCCCCAAAUGAUGGUUGGAGUUUCAAGUUGUUUUCUUAUUGUUGCUAUCGUUCCUCUGAUUCUUAUUCCCGCCUCCGAUAUCCACCCCCCCCCCCCCCCCCCAAAGCCUUGAGCUUCACCCGAUCCCUUCUUUCCCUACCACACUGUGAAAUUGAGAGAUAAUACAUCACUGCUGAACUGAUCAGCCCUUUGGGGAGUAGCCUCCCCGUCCACUGAGCCACCAGGGGAGGGGAGGACCACUCCACAGCCGCUAAAUCAAUACGCCAGGAGAAAGACAUACAAUGAUACUGACCAUUCAAAGGAAUAACGGCGAUGAAGAAAAUCCACAAAAAAAAAGAAAAAAAAUAGUGUUCUUGAUGUUCUGUGUGUCUGUGGGUUCUUUUUGUGAUGAGUUGACUGUGGUGUUCUGUUUGUUUGUUUGUUUGUUUUCUACUAAUUCAUAUGCUUUUGAGGGGGGAGGGAAGGGGAGGUGGGAAGGUGCUGGGUUGUGUUUUCUUUUCGUCAUUUAUUGGAUCCAGCGUUGGCAGGGCAAAAAAAAAAGGCCUAGGCCUAACACCAAGAAUGAACAAAAGAGUUGCACGAUGACGGACAGAAGAAAAUAUGAAAAAAGAAAAGACUGAUCAAUGAUUUUUUUUAAAUGAUUUUUUAUAUAUGUUGGUUCCCGAAAAUACAGAUAUUUAUGGUAAAUGGUUCUUCACGUAACCUAUUUAAGAUGCACUGUGCGUGAAAUCUGUAUGUUAUUUUCUAGUGUUAAGUUAUUAGACGGUGGAGUCAGGCUCGCAGACUGCAUCAUCUGCCCUCUUACUUCUAUCCCUCUUCUCGUGCCCCCCACCCCCCAUCCCUUUCACUCUCUCUACUUAUUUCUGGUACUUGGAGAUGAGACUCUAUUAGUGUUGUUUUUGAAGUCUGUGUAAUAUGGACCAUCUGCCCCCAGUGUAACACCAGAAUAGCAAUCUCCUGUAUAUAUAUGUAUAUCCACUAUGGGGAGACCCAGCAGCCUUAUAAAAGGGAAAUAAAAAACUGUCCAAA